AUGUCAGACUCGGAAAACGAGCUUGAGGAUGAAUAUUUUGGCGAACCCUUUUCUACUCCACCUGAACUAUCUUCCACCCCCGAAUGGGAAUAUGUAGAUCAAAGGAUCUCCAAACGAUUUGGUGUUCGGGAGAUGGCGCUUGGUAAAUUGCCGAAAACUUUUGGACUGAAAGAGUUGAAGAAGGGGUACUUCCCCCAUUUUUUUAACAAGCGUGAUAAUGCCAACUACAUUGGUCCCCUGCCCGACAAAAUGUACUAUGGGUUUGACAGUAUGAUGAAAAGGGAUCAGGAAGUCUUCUCCGCAUGGUACCGUGAACUGAACGAAGAGGGCUAUGUAUUUGAUAUGAAGAAGGAAUUACGCGAGUAUUGCAUUAGUGACGUGCAGAUAUUACAUCAAAGUUGCAAAGUGUUCCGCGGUCACUUUAAAGCACUCACGACUACUCCGACUAAUCCCAAAGGCAUUGACCCUUUUCUGAAAUCUCUUACACUACCCAGCGCUUGCAACCUACUCUAUAGAACCAAUUACCUACAACCAGGUAAAAUUGGUUUAAUUCCACAGGAUGGUUACACCAGUGCGAAAAAACAAUCGAUCAGUGCGGGGGAAUGGCUCCACCACGAAACCAUAACCAAAGGCAUAGACAUACAACAUGCUUUCAAUGGGGGAGAACGUAUGGUGCACGGGAGAUAUGUGGACGGAUACUGUGAAAUGGGGGAGAAAAACACGUGUGGGAAUUUUUAG